AUGGCGACGAACGGCACUAAAGCGGAUGGACAAGUAACAGAACUUAACGAAGUGGCCACUAAUGACAAACCCAAGUCGUUGGAUUUGAAAACCGAGAAGCAGAAAAAGGAUCUACCUGACAGGGAAACAUGGGGAGGGAGAUUUGAUUUCCUCCUGUCGUGUGUCGGUUAUGCAAUUGGAUUGGGCAACGUCUGGAGAUUUCCCUAUCUCUGUGGCAAAAAUGGAGGAGGGGCCUUUCUCAUCCCCUAUUUUCUGACCCUGAUAUUUGCUGGGAUGCCCUUGUUUCUGCUUGAAACCUCCCUGGGCCAAUACACCUCCAUUGGGGGUCUUGGUGUGUGGAAGCUGGCCCCUGUGUUUAAAGGUGUUGGGCUCGCAGCAGCUGUCCUGUCCUUCUGGCUCAACAUAUACUACAUUGUCAUCAUUUCUUGGGCCAUUUACUACCUGUACAACUCCUUCACCUCUGAUCUUCCAUGGAGCUCAUGUGGCAACUCAUGGAACACAGACAAAUGUUAUUCAAACUACAGCAUCGUAGACACCACCAACCUCACCAGUUCCGUGCUGGAGUUCUGGGAGCGCAACAUGCACCAGAUGACGGAUGGCUUGGAGAAACCAGGAACGAUCCGGCUGCCGCUGGCGAUAACGCUGGCCAUCGCCUGGGUGCUGGUGUACUUCUGCAUCUGGAAAGGUGUUGGCUGGACAGGAAAGGUGGUCUACUUCUCAGCCACCUACCCUUACUUCAUGCUGUUCAUUCUCUUCAUCCGUGGGGUGACUCUGCCCGGGGCCAAAGAAGGAAUCAUGUUCUACAUCACCCCCGACUUCAACAAACUGAAGGAAUCCGAGGUAUGGCUGGACGCUGCCACGCAGAUCUUCUUCUCCUACGGAUUGGGCCUGGGCUCGCUGAUAGCGCUGGGCAGCUACAACCCCUUCAAGAACAACGUGUACCGAGACUCCAUCAUCGUGUGCUUCAUCAACUCGUGUACCAGCAUGUUUGCCGGCCUCGUCAUCUUCUCCAUCGUGGGCUUCAUGUCUCACGUGACUAAGAAGUCCAUCGCCGAAUUGGCAGCUUCAGGUCCGGGCUUAGCUUUCCUGGCCUACCCAGAGGCUGUCACCCAGCUGCCGGUGUCUCCGCUGUGGGCCAUACUGUUCUUCUCCAUGCUGCUCAUGCUGGGGAUAGACAGCCAGUUCUGCACCGUGGAGGGCUUCAUCACCGCCCUGGUGGACGAGUUCCCCCGGCAGCUCCGCGGCAGGCGGGAGCUGUUCAUCGCCGCCGUCUGCUUCGUGUCCUAUCUCAUUGGUCUGUCCAACAUCACACAGGGUGGCAUCUACGUGUUCAAACUCUUUGACUACUACUCGGCCAGUGGGAUGUGUCUGCUGUUCUUGGUCUUCUUCGAAUGCAUCUCCAUAUCCUGGUUCUACGGUGUGAACAAGUUCUAUGACAACAUCGAGGAGAUGAUUGGCUACAGGCCGUGCAUCUGGUGGAAGCUGUGCUGGGUGGUCUUCACCCCCAUGAUCGUGGGCGGAGUGUUCCUUUUCAGUGCUUUCCAGAUGGUUCCUCUGAAGAUGGGCGACUAUGUGUUCCCGGCUUGGGGCCAGGGGGUGGGCUGGCUCAUGGCACUGUCCUCCAUGGUGCUCAUACCUGGGUACAUGGUGUACAUGUAUUUCGGACUGAAGGGGACCUUCAGAGAGCGCAUUGGGAUUAUGUUCCAGCCCCCCGCGGUGACCCGGAGGCCUCUGGAGAACGGACCCGAGCAGCAGGCAGAGACCACCGUGGCUACCCUCGCUAGCCCCAGCAACGCACCUCCCACUAACCCCACUAGCCCCAGCAGCCCAGCUCCAGCCAUCGUUGCUAGCCCCACGGCCGCGGCUAGCCCAGCUCCCCCAGCUCCCCAAACAACCACCACCACCACCACCACCACCCCCAUCGUCACCACCGCCGCGCCAGCCGUCCCCGCCUCUGCGACCAGUCCAACCAUCCCACCCCCAAACCCCACAAGCCCCCUGGAGCCGGCCAAACCGCCCCCCAACCCGGCCAGUCCGACCCCUAAUUUGACCAGCCCAGAGGCCAAUGUGUAG